GGAGAACUAACAACUUAAAAUGCCUUGUUCACAAAGCGUGAACUAGUGGCACCCCCACAGUCUGGCACCUGAGGCGGCUGCAGGCAAUGGGGACAGCUGUGGGUGAGCAAGGCACUGCUGGUCUGGCAAUGGAAGUGACUGUGACAUGCCUGCUGCUUCUCUCUGCUCUCUGGCUGCCUGGCAGCGAGAGCGACAAUUCCGAUCUGAAGAAGCUGCAGGACCCGAGGCGAGAGGCUGCCCUCCGUCCCAAGAGAGGCCUGAGAUUGUGCUUCCCGAACCCCUGUAAGCACCAGGGAGUCUGCCAAGUAGUUGAGGGGAAACCAAACUGCACCUGCAACGCUGGCUUCACCGGGGCGUUCUGUCAAGAUGUGGUGCUGAAGCUGCAGUGUGAGGACGAACACAUGAAGAUGAUGGUGAGACAGGAAGUCUUUGACCAGCUGAAAAUCCCCUUGGCGCGUGUUCACCUGAAGAACAGGGCUUGCAAGGUCUCUGAGAAGGAAGAAGACGGUGCCGUUUUCUUUGCAGCGACUCUCAUGGACGUGAACUAUACGCGGUGUGGGUCGGUGAUUCAGCGGAACAGGACGCACGUGUCCUAUACCAACGUGAUGGAGUCUGACCGGGAGACCCUGGGUGUGAUCUCCAGAAGCAGCCUCGUGCGCGUGCACUUCUCCUGCAUCUACUCCUAUGAGCACGUGGUCCAGCUGCCUUUUCCUGUCGCCGCCAUCGACACGCUGGUGAAGUUUGUGAUCAAGGAGGGGGAAUUCAAUGUGAGCAUGGCCUUGUACGAGACCUCGGCGUACCUGCAUCCCUACCGGCAGCAGCCCCCUGCCCUCCCGCUGGAAGUGCAGCACCAGCUCAUUGUGAAGGGACCUCUUGAGUGCAAAGCUUCCUCGCUGACGGAACAGGCGCUGCACCGCGACUGGGCUGGCAUCUCGUGCUGUCAACCCCCCAGGCUGACUCGCCUCUCGGCUCGCCCCUGCAGGUGUCCUCGUGAUGAAACGGUGACGUACCUCAAUGCUGUGGGCAACAGCACCAUGGCCAAGUUCAGCUUCCAGAUGUUCCAGUUUGUCAACCACUCGGAGGUGUUCCUGCACUGCCGCGUCCGCCUGUGCCUCCUCGAUGGCGCCGAGCCCUGCGUGAAGCAAUGUCCCAGGAGGUUGAGGAAGAGGGCACUGGAGGAGGACUACAAGAAAAUUGUCUCUUUGGGGCCCAUCCAUCUCCUGGCCUCUCCCCGUGCUGGAGCCCGGGAUGCCGCGUCAGGGACGAACCAGCAGGACCUUUGGGGGCUGCACCUGUGGGUCCCUGGUGCCCUGGCGAUGCUGAUCGUGGCUGGCCUCUUUGGGCUGGUGGCUGUCGCUAAAGCCCUGAAGAAAUGAGCGAAGCCCAGGGAGCCGCAUUUCUAAAUAAACCAGCCGCUUGCAGAGAGUCUGUCGGCUUCCUUAAAAAGCAUCCUAGACUCCGAGGGCUGGGAGAGACCUC